AGUUAUCGGUCUAUUUGGCCACCACUAACUGGUUGUUUUGAUUUUCAUUGUUGCCUAAACAAACUCUUUUUGAAUUCGUUUCCUUCAAAAUUAAGCUUUUAUGUGAAUAAAACCAUGUGCGAAAAAGUUACUGCCCGCUGCAAUUGGCCCCAAAUUGCGGGUAACGAGUUAGGACAACUGGUGGCCACCCGUUUGUCCGAUGAAGACGUCUUUGUAAAGCCCGAUUUGGAUGAUGUCGUAAACGAGGAUCGCGCUGUUCUGUUUUCCACUGUGGAUAGUCCGCCACCACCUUGUGAGCUGAGGUUCCAAAUCCCGACUCGCUUCAAAAUCGCAGCUCUUACCCUGGUUUGUAGUGCUCCCAAGGUAGAGCUUUUUAUUGGUCCGUCCCAGGAGUACUGCGAAACCAUUUAUGGAGUCUGCGUCGAGGAGGAGGACGCCGAGGUUCCUGUCCGACCAUAUCGCUAUGACAUGGAAAUUGACCGUUCUGGCAUUAAUGAUAUAAACUUAAGGAUGCUCACCUCGGCAAACGAAAUUUGCGUUUAUGGCGCCAUGCUGCAGACUGCUCCCAAUCCCAAUGGCAUAACAACCCAGUUGCCUAGGCCAGUGGAUCCGCAAAGAAUUCAGGAGCUGCUGCAACGGGGCGGCACGUAUCCAUCAAAAAAGGAGGAGCAGGAGGAGAAAUUCAAGCAGUUUAUGACCCUGAUGAAGGGCUGUUCCCCGCAGGCGGAGGUAAAGCCCCAGGAAGCUGCAGCUCCCACGGAUAUCUCAAUUCUCAUGGACCAUAUAGACAAGAGAUUCGAAAAGCUGGCGCAAUUAGUGGCCAAACGUCUGGACAAUUUUGAAGCCCAGCAGACAGAAAAAUUAAACAAAAUUAUCGCCUUGCUGGAAAAGGAGAAUUAAUAUAACACAAAAAAAACUGUCUAUCAUAUACUGUUUGUAUCAUUCAUCAUUGUACUUUGUAAUUGCUCAAAAAGACUGUUGGUGCGACUAUUUCGAAUGUGAUUAAACGAAAUUUGUUUUUAAGUUUGAUUUGUAAAUGUAAUAACAAUUUUUAAAUAAAUCUACAAAUCUUGGUUUUAAUA